AACAAAACAGGAGAAGCAACCAAGGCAGCCAGCUGCCAGGCAACCGCUUACGGAAAGGGUUGCGACUUCAAGUUGUUGGUUCAAUAAUCGGGGACCUGGCAACAUGUCCGUUGUUUGGGAUUUGGGCGGCGACAGGACGCAGGCGUGGCGGAUGGACAGUCUUCAGCCGACACUCCGCCAGAGCAGUUCAACCUGCAGAAUGUACGGUCGCCAAGCGGGCGGCGCCAAUCCGCCGACGGUCAGCAGCACCGCAACCGGGGCCGCGAACAGUGGCGGGGCCGGCGGCGGCCAGGGACAUGACAAGCUGAAAAUCGGCUUCUGCACGGACCUGGACAAGUCGGUGCUGGUCAACAACUUCGAGAAGCGCGGCUGGCAUCAGGUGAACGGCGACGAUGACUGGCACUUCUACUGGGCCGGAGUGCAGACGUGCCGCAACAUCUUCAGCGUGGACAGUGGCUAUCGGAUGCACGACAACCAGAUGAUCAAUCACUUUCCCAACCACUACGAGCUGUCGCGCAAGGACCUGCUGGUUAAGAACAUCAAGCGCUACCGCAAGGACCUCGAGCGGGACGGCAAUCCGCUGGCGGAGAAAACCGAAUCCAACAACUCCAGCGGCACCAGGUACCUCUAUCUGGACUUUGUGCCCACGACCUUCGUCCUGCCAGCCGACUACAACAUGUUCGUGGAGGAGUACCGAAAGUUUCCGCUGAGCACAUGGAUCAUGAAGCCCUGCGGAAAGUCGCAAGGUGCCGGAAUUUUCCUAAUCAACAAACUUUCCAAAUUGAAAAAGUGGUCCCGGGAAGCCAAAGGACCUUUUCACCCACAGAUUGCCAAGGAGUCGUAUGUAAUUUCCAGAUACAUUGACAAUCCCCUGCUGAUUGGUGGCAAGAAGUUCGACUUGAGACUUUACGUUUUGGUGGCCUCCUUCAGGCCCCUGAAGGCUUACCUCUUCAAGCAAGGAUUCUGCCGGUUCUGUACCGUGAAGUACGAUACAAGUGUCACCGAGCUGGACAACAUGUACGUGCAUCUGACCAAUGUCAGUGUGCAGAAGCACGGGGGCGAGUACAACACCCUGCACGGCGGGAAGUGGUCGGUGCAGAAUCUGGCGCUUUACCUCGAGGGUACCCGAGGCAAGGAGGUAACUGACCGCCUAUUUGGGGCCAUAUCCUGGCUGAUAGUGCACUCGCUCAGGGCCGUGGCUCCUGUGAUGGCCAGUGACAGGCACUGCUUCGAGUGCUACGGCUACGACAUCAUCAUAGACAACGCCCUGAAGCCCUGGCUGGUGGAGGUCAACGCCUCGCCGUCCCUCACCUCCACGACGGUCAACGAUCGCAUAUUGAAGUACAAGCUGAUUGACAACAUACUAUCCGUGGUACUGCCCCCCGAUGGAGUGCCGGAUGUUCGCUGGAAUAAGGUGCCCAGUGCGGAUGCCUUGGGAAACUUUGAGCUGCUUAUCGACGAGGAGCUGGCCGCCCAGGAGGAGCAGCACCAGAACAGCAGUAGUAAUGCUCACAGCAAAGCCUCAAAGAUGGGCAGCCGCUGGAAGUGAUGAAAGUAGUUUCUGAAUCGGACCAACAGAAGUCAUCAAAAUAAUUGUGUAACUAGAUUUUAAGUGAAUUGUUUUAAAGUCCUUUGAUAAAAAAUUAAAAUUAAGAAGUCCUA